UUGCUGUGGCCGAGCUGGCGACACUUGCACGGUGACAGGCAGCAGAGCCUCCAACCCGGGGGCUUUUGCAGCUUUGUACCACUGUCGCAGCUCUCGCGGUCUUGUUGCUGGGGCCGCUGCUGACCUCUGUGCAGAUAAUUGAGGUCCUCCAUGAUUAACCUCUUAAUGCCAUGAAGAGAUCCAGAAAGGCUUCUGGUCAGGUGAAGACCAGGAAGCCUUCACCUAGUGCAUUUCAUCAGCCAGACACAGAACAUCCCCACGUGAUGAAGGCACUGAGCACUCUGCCUCUCCCAUCCUUCAGCGAGAUCCCUGGGCUCCAGUGAGGCAAUCGAAGGUACAAAGCCCUCCCUCUAACAAUCAUGGAGCACACAACCCAGAGCCAGCUGGAAGCAUCACCCUCUUCAAGCACUGUGACAGCAGAAGACCUUGCUGCCAAGCUAAAUGCUGCUGUGAGAAAUGGAGAGAUGGAAAACGUGAAGGAGCUGUUGAAGCAAGGGGCGGACGUGAAUUCCAAAGCAGACUCAGGCUGGACGCCAUUGCAGAGCGCUGUGCAUGUGAGUGAGGAACUGGUUCAGUUUCUGCUGGAGAUGGGUGCUGAUCUGCAUGCCAGGAAGGACAAUGGUGGCACUGCCUUUAUUGAGGCAGGGAUAGAGGGAAAUGUGAGACUGUUGGAGCUCUUUCUUGAUCUUGGGUCGGACAUUAAUGAGUAUGAUGACAAUGGCUUCACAGCUUUCAUGGAGGCUGCUUGGUAUGGGAAAGAGGAGGCCUUGAGAUUCCUGCACAGCAAAGGAGCGGAUGUGAAUCUGGGGAGAGUUGUCUGUGAGGAAAAAAGGAAACUAAAUAAAGGAGGUGCAACAGCACUGAUGGAUGCUUGUAGGGAGGGUUACAUCUCGGUUGUAAAAGCUCUGGUUGAAGAUAUGAAUGCUGAUCUGAACAUCCGUGACAACCAAGACAGAAAUGCCUUGAUUCAUGCCCUCAAGAAUGGUCGCAAUAAAACAGUGGAGUCUGCUGUCUCUAUAGGAUAUUUCUUGCUUGACCACGGUGUUGAUGUGAACAGCAGAGAUGAAAAUGGGAAAACUGCCCUCAUCCUGGCUGUUGAAAAGAAGAGCUUAGAUUUGGUGAAGGCUUUACUGGAGAAGGGUGAAAUAGAUAUUGAUGAUGCGGAUGAUGAGGGCAACACAGCAUUGAUGGUAGCUGUAAUGAGAAAUAACUACAGCAUAGCAAAGUUGCUGUGUGAAAAAGGAGCAAAGACUGAUGUUGGGAACCUUAUUGAGGUUGCAGAUAGGAAUCGUGCUUCUGACCUGAGAAAGCUUCUUCUGAAGCAUGAGGCCAAGUUUGUUCCAAAAUCCCCUACGGACUGGGAGCCAACCAGCAAACGCUGGAGGGACCGCCUGAAAAAGCUUUAUGAAAUAUAUCGCCCCAUGAUUGGCAAACUAAAGAUAUUUCAGUACAUUUACUAUAAGAUUCAGAACACUUCCCAAGGUAGCAUCUACCUAGGGCUCUAUGGUGACACAGAGGUGGCAGUAAGAAUAGGCCGUCACAGUGAUAUAGAGGAAAACAAAGAGAAAAGAUUCCUUGAACAAUGUGGUAACUGCAAGCAUCUAGUGAAACUCUUUCAGUAUGAGAAGGCAAAAGGAUGCCUAUAUUUGUGCUUUUCUCUCUGGGAGAAAAACCUGAAAGAGUACUUGCAAGAAUCAGAAGAUGAAAUGGAUUACAAAGGCAUUGUGAAGAUGAUCUUCCAGGCAGUGGGAGAACUGCACUCACUAGGAUUUGCUCACCGGGAUCUGUGUCCCAGCAAAUUUUUGAUAGAUUUAAAUGGCAAAAUUUACUUGGCGGAUUUUGAUAAUCGAAGAGAGUUGAUUGAAGGCAAAAAGGAACUUGUAAACUCAGACCUAGAGGCCCUUAGCAGGCUCGUGCUAUACGUUGUAACACGGGGUAAGAAACCCUUUGAGAAAAUCAGUACCGAGGACGUGGCUGCAAAUUGCCCGGAUUAUGAGGAGGCUCUGGACCUUGUGAAAAGCUUAGGGUGUCAUGAUGAGCGAGGCUUGGAAGGUUUGAGCAAACAUCCCUUUUUCUGGAGCAAACAGAUCAGGUUCGAUUUCCUGAAGAAGGUAUGGAACAAAAUCAAAGAUUACACCAACCAGGAAAGUAUUUUUAAAAACUUUAAUGCUCCUGAACAUGCUGCUUACCUGCAGUGGACUCGGAAGAUUGACAAGGAGGUUCUGGAAAUCAUGGAAAAACCUGAGGGCAGAACAUACAAAUAUAGGAAUGGAGUCAAAAACCUAUUGAGGUUCAUCAGAAACCUGGAUGAACACCCACAUAAAAGGAUCAGUGAAAUAAUAGGAGAUCAUGCUGACUAUUUCUUGACGCUUUUUCCAGCACUGACCAUUGAUGUCUACAACUACUUACGCAAGCAUCCCACUUUCAGUCACCUUGGAGAUAUUCAGGACCCUUCUCUGUCAUAGUAUGCGUUGCCUUGUGUCCCAUGGCUGAUCCUAUCAUCUGUCUCCUUUUAUUCCCUGUUUGCUCAGCUGUGAAAGUUGAAAAAAGUGAGUAAGUAGAUGGAGGGAGCGUAUGUACGGACAGAACACGAGGGGGCUUACGCUGCUGAAGCAUCUCUUUUUUUCAAAUAUCUGGUGUAACAAACAAAUAGGCUUUGGAGAGGAACCAAGCUGAGGCCCAGCCCAGGUCCCCCUUGACUCACACUGUCACUUGAGGCUCAUCUGCCUGUGAGGUGGAGAUAAAUGUCCCAGUUCUUAUGGAGAGCAGGGUAUUGUGGGACAGAGCCCUCAUCCUAGUACACAUGGGAGGCAGGAGAAGAGCUCGGACAAUGAGGGACUCUCUGAAAAAGAAAAAAGGGGUUAGAUCUCCUGCUAGGGUCUAUUCCCUACGGCUUGCACUUACACAAGCAGCUUGUGUACCCCUAGGAAACAAAUUCCCUCCUUUUGCUCCCUUUGAAACACAACAGCCAGAAGUGGAGAUCCUUAGGCAAUUGCCUGGCUCCAACCUGCUUUUGGCUCGUUAGCUGUCUGAGCUGGCGGAGGCAUAGGCAGUGCAGCCUGCUGGGAAGUGAGGGACUCUUGCUGAGAGGCACAGGAAGUAUUUCUAUGAGGAAUGGAUGUAAGGAGAGUGAUCCUGCAAAACCCUGCUACUGUGAGUAACCCCGACUGACCUGAAUAGGGUCUCUGAAGUCAAGGGUCUGCAAGGACUCCCUCCUCCUGUAAAGGACAAGCUCAGCACAGUGCCCUUUAGAGAUGGUAUCUGCAAGGCUAUGCACAAAUGCUCCCUGUCCCUGAAACAUGGGUGCUGGGGUGUGACUGUCCCCCUGUCAGGCAGAGCUGGUGCCCAUACAGCACUAGUAUGUAGCCAGCUUAGUGCUUUGAUGUUGGAGACUGGAUGGUAUAAAGCUGUUUUUGAUAUGUAUCUGAAAUCUUAGGACAUUCAGUGUAUAGACCCAUUUGCCUUAGGGCUUGCUUGUUUUUCUGUUCACACCUGCCUUUCCUUUCACUCUGAGUUGCACAGUGAUUGCAUGUUACUUAUGGAAAUAUUUCAAGUGCCGACUGGAUUUUUAAUUUUUUCAAAUUGAGAUUGUUAACCUUUCAUUAUCCUAUACAGAAUUAAACUUGGAAUAAACUUGCCUGGAAAA